AUGAAUAUUCCGCCCCCAACAACAACUUCAUCAACUCUCGCACCAACAAUAACAACAACGGACCAACAACAACUUCCAACAUCUCCGCUGAUCAUUAGAAGAUCAACAGCAGUAUUUCAAAGAAAUUCUACGGGUACAAAGGUGAUGGGUGGAGGAAAACGUUAUGCUUGUCCUUGUUUAAAUUUAAGUAUUAAUUUAUCAUCAUCAAGGGAUAUGAAAUAUGAAGAGUGGUGUACAUGUGAUGGUGAAGGCUUGUUUUCAAAAACACAACUUGAUGAAUUUAAAAUUAAAUUCUCUCAUGUUGAUUGUAAAAAAUUAAGUUUAACGAGAGGAACGUCUAUUGCUGGUAUUCAAUCAUCUUUGGAUAUAUUUAUGGAAAAUAAUGCUCUAGAUGAAUCGGAAUCUAUUGUAAAAGCAUUUAAAUGUUUAAAUUGUGAAACUUUCUUUGGCUUUUAUUUUGAAAAGUUCCAAACAUUCCUUGUAAAUACUACUCAACUAUUGGAUGAAGUUGCUCAAGAAAAACUUAGACAACAAGAAGAUUUCUCCAAAAUAUUUAAUAUUGUUCCUAAAACAACUAAUAUUAACACUAGUGAUAAUUUAUUAAAACAUCCACUUCUUGUACAAUAUCAAAAAGACAUGCAAAAGAAAUUAAAUGAUGAAAGAAUUAGUAUGGAGAUGAGAAUUAAAGAAUUUAUGAAAAAUGAAAAGAUUCAAUAUCAAAAAUUGCUUUUAAAAACACAAACGGAAAAGGAUACAAUCUUUAGGAAAGCAAAGACAAUCUUGGCUGAAUCAAGUGAAACUCAAUCUUUUGAUGUAACAAAUACAGUAACAGCAGAGAAUGAUACUGAACUGAGUGAAUCUUCUAGAGGAAGAAUGAGUUCAGCAGUAUCACAAGAUGGCUUGAGUGAUUUGAUAGAUGAGAGAGUUAGUCGCUCUCUUUCACCAUCUGCAGUUGAUGAAAAGAUUAAAAAGGCAAUGAGUACAAAUACCUUUUUUAAACCAAAUCCAACCUUAAUGAAUCCAAAGGAGAAGAUUAGAUUAGAGGUUAAACCAAGUGCCAACAAAUUCAAGGCAACUAACCUAGAUGUUGAUGAAGAUUUAUUAACACAAAAGAGUUUCCAUUACAAAAAGAUGACAACUCAAUUGAUGAGCAGAACAUACACUCCAUCUGCAUUCUUCUCUUUUGAUGAAGAAGGUGCCGAGUCACAGGAACCUACAAAGGAAGAGGAAGAAGAGGAAGACGAAGUUGAAGAAGAAGAACAAUCAAUGGCUGAACAAACAUCUCCUCAACCUCAAACAAGAUCAAGAAGAAGACUCGAAUUUUCAAAACCACCACCAGUUGUUGUUAAACCAGCUUUUUAUGGUUCCUCUGUUCCAAUUAGUAUUACAAUGAGACCACAAGCUCAGCAGCAAACUGCCAAUGAGAAAUUACCACUCUACUAUGAAGAAUCAAACGAAACCAAACCAGAAACGCCAGAACAAAGAAAGCAGAGAACCAAAUCCUUCAAAACAAAACCUCGUUUGGAUGAUGAUCCAUUCACUGAAGUUCCUCAAUCCUACAUUGAAAGAUAUAUGACUUUCAGAGAGGAAUACAUGAAAAAUAUUGAUACACUUCCAGAAAAAGCAAGCCCAGCCGAGGAACCAACAGAAGAGGAACUCAAAGACUCAACGACUGAAAAACAAACAGAGGAAACUUUUGAUUUUGAUGAUGAGGAAGAAGGCAUGUCAUUGUAA